AUGUUGGUUGAGCCGGUGCUGAAGCAAAUGACCCUGCAGAGGGUGGCGGUGGACCUGCUCGGCGUGGUGAGCGUGCUGACAAUCGCCUACGUGCUCUACAACCGCCUCGUUCACCCCCUCCGCCGCAUCCCGGGUCCCUUCGGGGCCUCUAUUACGCCCUGGGUGCAGCUUUACCAUGGACUCAAAGGUGAUCGCCAUCUGUGGCUGCACAAGCUACACGCUCAGUACGGCACGCACGUGCGUGUCGCACCCAACUUUGUAUCUGUCAAUACCGAUCGUGGACUGCAUGAUAUCUACGGCCACGGCAAGCGGUUUCAGAAGGCCGACUUCUAUAACGCGUUCCCGGCCAUCAAGGGCGUGUACAACACGCACAAUGCGAUUGAUAAGACCAUGCACGGGCGCAAACGGCGCGUUCUCAGCCAGGCGUUCUCGGACAGUGCGUUGAAGGGCAUGGAGGAUGUGAUGCUGUUGCAUGUGCGGCAGCUCUGCGCGGUACUGGCGGGUUCGUCCGGAACCGAGGCUGGUAAUCGGGAGAGUGGUGAUCGGAAGGGCGUGGUGAGGAAUAUGGGAAAUUGGUUCAGCUAUCUGUCCUACGAUGUGAUGGGCGAGCUUUGCUUUGGGAAGAGCUUCGACAUGCUUAUCGCCGACGGUCGCCGGCACAUGAUUGGGUUGGUGGAUCGCGCUGCGAACCGACACUAUGUGGUGAGUGUUGGGCUGUUCUCUGCGCCGGACAUGGUGAUUUUCUUCGGUGACGCUAACCAGUGGCUGCAGUGUGGGCUGUGGAUGCCUUUGGACCGCUGGCAUCUCGACCAGAUCUUCAUCCGCAAGCUGACCCAGGACCGCUGGAACUUCAUCAUGAACUCACGGGUGGAGGCGAACAAGCGCGCCCAGGAGCGGGCCCAGGCCGGCCGGGAAGCCAAGAAGGACUUCUUCUACUAUCUCCUGAACGCGAAGGACCCGGAAACCGGCAAGGGGCUCAGCACGCCGGAGCUGUGGGGUGAGGCCAACGUCCUCAUGAUUGCAGGCAGUGACACCACUUCGACCACGUUGGCCGCCACGCUCUUCUACCUGGUCCGCUCCCCAGAAGCACUGGCCACGGUAACCAGCGAGGUCCGCGGCGCCUUCGCCGCAGUCGAGGACAUCGUCAGCGGCAGCAAGCUCAAUGAGCUGGUCUACCUGAAAGCCUGCAUCGAUGAAGCCCUCCGCCUCGCACCCGCUGUGCCAGGCGCCCCACCCCGCGAGGCGAUGCCGGGCGGCGCCGUCGUCGACGGCGUCUUCCUCCCCGCCGGCACCGACUGCGGCACACCCACCUACUCGAUCCACCGACAGGCGCAGUACUACCGCGAACCAGAGACAUUCAUCCCCGAGCGCUGGAUCGAGGGCGCGACCUGCAAGGCCUCGGGCACCUCGUGGGAGAGCACCAAGGAGGACAUCGAGACGGCGCGCCGGGCCUUCUGCCCGUUUAGCAUUGGGCCGCGUGGCUGCAUUGGCAAGAGCAUGGCAUUCAUGGAAAUGCGACUGACCCUGGCACGACUGGUCUUCUUAUUUGACAUGUCGCUGGCGGAUCGCCAGGGCGAGGAUGCGGGCGGCCAUUUGGCGCUGGUGGAUCACUUUACCAGUGCGAAGGAUGGGCCGAACGUGGAGUUUCAAAAAGUGCUGCCGGUGCAGUAA